GGUAGCGGUAGGUAAGAUCCACGGAGUACAGCCGGCUCAACACGUUAGUAGAAUACUUUUUUAGGGAGUUUUGAACCCGGUUUUAUCAGACGAUAGCUCCUCUAAAUAUUCAGUUGUAGUUCUGUUCCUAAAUUCAUUGAGAGGAUCAACCUGCUCUCGAGCAACCUAUAAUCUCGUUCUCUCCUUUAUAUAACUGUCUGAGACUACUCAUCUUUGAAGGCUUGAAGAUGAUGAGAUACGAACUGUGUUUAACGUUACUGCUGGUAUUUUCCUGGAGUCCAGCGCUGGCACAGCUAAACAGUAUUUCUAUUGGCUCUUCAACUUUUGAUCGAGAUUACACUGGAAAGUCAUCAGGGUGCGCUCUCAUCCUCCAGCGAUCUUACAUAAAGCCUGGCGGUAGGACACCGGCGACCCAUUAUGGUGGAUUCUUAGAAUUUGUAAAACCUCGAUCUUUUCAUCCUUCUGGCCCUGUGGAAGAAAUCUGUAUUCGGUACUCCGAUGUUAACCGAGCUCUGGCCGAAGCUAAGCGUCAAAGAGGAUACAGACAACCAUCAACCAUCAAUUCUCUGGAACCUCUUCCACCCCACAUCGAUCAAACAGCAGAGUUGGUGCUAGCCACUACUCGGAUACUAGCUAAACAGUGA